AACCUCUUGGCGUCGCCCACCAGCCUCGUCACGCGCGACGCAUUCGUGUGGUGCAGCACAGGCAACGAGACCUCUCCGGCAGCGUCGUCUUGCAGAUCGACGGUCAAUCGCCACUGGGCCACGCGCGUCUUUGAGAGCCCGGUUGGCGGGGGCAUGGGUUGGCGGCGGUCGGAGACUCGUCGCGUCGCGCGAGUCACACUAACACGUGAGCGUGCGUCACACAUUUCUACUUUCACCCGGCCCAGCUGGACAUUCGAGACGGCGGUCGCAGUGGACAAGGCGUUUGGAGACAUACAGGCCAGCAGGCAGCUUGUGAUUUGAAGUCGCG